UCGAGUCUAUAUAAAAUUUCCAGUUUUCAAAAACAAUCAAACACUAUGACUGAAUUCAUACCGAAGAUGUUUGGUGGAUUCUUGCUCUCUCUAUUAGUCGUAUAUGUAUGCUGUGAUGAAUGUCCCGAUAAAUGGUCUCAGUACAAAGAUCACUGUUACUGGCCGUCAACAUCAAGUGUAUAUGGCUGGAAAGCUGCAGAGAGCGCAUGUGAGAGGCGUGGUGGAUAUCUGACAGAAAUAGAGGACCAUGACGAGAAUGAUUUCAUUGCUCGACUGACGUUUGGAGCAGGCACAUGGUUCUUUAUGGGUAUUGUUCAUGAAGAACAAGCUAGUGGAUAUGUUACUGCAAGCAAUAGUGAUGAACUGGAAUAUAGUAACUGGCUAGAAGUUCAAAAUGACGAAUCAAAUGGGCCAAGAUGCACAAGAAUGGGCUAUCUUGGCUACUGGGAUUCAUACUCAUGUGACGAAGAACAAUAUUUCAUUUGUGAGAGUGAUGAUUAUAUAGGCAGCAGUUCUUUUGGAACAUGGUUAUCAAAUACCAAUUCAUUCACAUAUGAAGAUCAUUACUACAGAACUGUUGGCAAAAAGGCAACAUAUGCCGAAGCUCAGAAAAUGUGUAAGAAAGCUGGUGCGUAUCUUGUUGAACCUAACAGCGAAGGUGAAAAUGUCUAUGUGCAUGACAAGAUGCACGAAGUAUUUUAUGGUCAUUGGCGAUAUAUUGGAGGAUCGGACACCAAACGAGAAGGAUAUUUCGUGUGGAGUGACAACCAAGCUUUAACCUUUGAGAAUUGGUGGCCGGGAGAACCUAAUAAUAAAUAUAACGAGGACUGCAUGGAAAUGAGAUAUUGGGGGAAAUGGAAUGACGUCGAUUGUAACCAUGACAACCGAUAUAUCUGUGAAAAAGCAAUUGGUGAUAAAGUCCCGACGACAGAUGCACGUGUCACAACAGAGGCUUUAUUCAAAACAAAUGCACCAGUCACACCUCCUUCGAAUUCACCGGAAGGGACGACCGAAGAUUAUUUCUAUUAUUAGUUAUAGUUUAAGUAAAUAAUUUCUUCGACAUUCUCUGCAUUAAUCGUUUUUUCUUUAAAAGAUAUAUAGAUGUGAACAUAUAAUCAAUAAAAUAGUGCAAUG